AUGACCGAAAAUAGAUUGGACCAUUUAGGUUAUGUGACCUAUAAAGUGAAUGACUUGUUGGAUGAGAAAAUUGUUGAAGUUUCUAGAGCCAAGCUACAUGUAUCUUGUAUUGAACAGAGAAUAAGGACAUACCAAGGGUGUAUGGAUCACAAGGGUAUUACCCAACAGUCGUUGGUGAUCAGUACUCCAAAAUAUCACAAGCUAUAUAUCUUGCCAGUUGGGGAGACCAUGAUUGGUGCCAACCUUACCAAGUCAAAAUAUGUUGGAUGCAUCCUUGAGGAUGAAGAAGAGUGGAUUAACCUUAGGAAUGUUGUUCGAGCUAUAAUAGAGAAACACCAACAUCUACAACGACAAGUAAAGGGCGUUCACCAUCACCUUCUGUACAAAAAUUGA